AUGUUCGACAAUGAAGAUACGUCUAUGGAGAUGUGUAACGGGUUCGUAUUCCCUCAUUUUGUUUCCUUGUCUGUGACAACCAGCGCUGAUGCUAGUGAUUUGACCCGUUGUGCGGUUCUUGGCCCGCCGGACAAAGGACAUCAUGAACUGAGCCCUGAUGCACAGGUUAUGAUCUUAGAGACCUUGUCUGCUGAGUGGGUCUUCGAGACGCUAUCCGAGGUUCCAGAGUUUCACGACUACGCCAAACGCCUAAUUAGUGCCACGCCCGAAGGCACCAUCGUAGACUGGAGGCUUAUGUGGAGAAAUCUACAAUCAAACACGAUUUCCCCGCUCGGCCGCGUGGUGCAGGCCGGAGAUGCUGCGCAUACCCUUUUGUCAUCAUCAGGGAGUGGUGCCAGUCAGGAGAUGGAGGUUGCUAGCUACCUUGCCGUCUAUUGCAUACGGAAGGGAAGUGCAACAUUUCGUGGAUUCGAGCGCGUUUCCUGUUGCGAGGAGCUCGGCUUCAUCAACUACCAGCUCCGGAUGAAAGCAACCGCCAAGGUCGUCGCAAAGGACCAUAAUCAGAUUAAGUCGGAAUUCGGCCAGUAG